GCUGAUUACGGCGAUGCAGCAGCCACUUCCCUUAGUACUACUGCAGCAGCAUGCCACGACCAAGCGUCCUGGCGCUGGUCGUCGCCGCCCUCCUCGCAUGGGCCUGCGCGCAGCCACCGCCUUGUCCGUACGAUGACCUGCCGCCCAGCGUGCGCUACAUCCUCGUCGCCGGGCCCAUGUGCUCGCCCAAUGUGACGUUUUGCGCUGUCGACACGGCGUGCAACGUGAGCUGGGUCGGCGCCACGCGGGCGUCGGUCCGUGGCGCCCAGGCCAUCGGGUCGCUGCUGCCCUUUACCGGCGACUCCAUGUCCAUUACGGGCUCGACCAUCAUGCGCCUCGAUCACAUGCAGCUUUCGCCGCGCCUCCGCAAGCUGGAGUUUAUCGAUACGAACGUCGAGAUUCCGGCGUCCUUGCAAUGGUCCCGCAACGUCACGACCCUGUCGUUUACAAAUGUGAGCAUGAGUGUGAUUCCCGCCAACUUGCCCAAGAGCCUCACGUCGCUGACGUUUGCCAAGAAUCACUUGACGUCGCUCACAAAUUUGCCCAAGAACAUUACGUCCUUGUCGCUCGUGGGCAACGAUCUCACUGAAAUUGUCGGUCAAAACUGGACCAAGCUCACCCAACUGUCUCUCGGGGGCAACCCACUCACGACCAUCGAUCGCGUGCGUCUGAGCCGAAACAACCUCCGCCUCUUUGAUUGCGCCGGUUGCAACAUUACGGAUUUCAUUGUCGAUGAAAACACUUUUGUCGCGCUCGACCAGCUCACGCCACUCUCAAUGCGGUCGUCCGCCUCUGGUAUUAUCUACUUUGGCUUCAACCUCGAUGGCGGCCAUAUUACGGCCAACGAAACCAACUGCGCGGCGGUGGGUGGCACGGUCCAAGCGCUCUGGACCGCAUCCUACGACGACUUGCCGGCCCAUUUUUAUACGGUUUGCGUCUUACCAACGCCGCCGACGCCAGAGCCAACAACGGUCCCGCUGCCGACCACGGAGAGUAGUGGCGUCAUCACGAUCCCAGUGCAAACCGUGCUCUCCACACCGAGUCCGAGCGAGGCUGUUGUCCCGAUGAACAAAACCCAAGGCUUGAUCUCCGUUGCGCUCGUCGGCAUCGGCGCGCUCGUGUCGCUCUGUUGCGUUGGGCUUCUCGUGUGUUGCAUGCACCGCCGCGACCACCUUCACGAGAGUGAGCUCUGGACGCUCAACCACACGCGGUCGACGCAGAACUCGUAUGACACGCUGUCGUCGACGCAGUUCAAUACAUUGGACCUCUCGGGCAUCCUCCUCUACCGCCUCGACAACGCCGCGGUGGUUCCCACGCGUUUACUCGCCUCCGGUGCGUUUGCCGAUGUGUAUCUCGGCCAGUACAAGGGCGAGCCCGUCGCCAUCAAGAAGUUGCUGGGCCACCGCGUCGGGAUUACCGAAGUCCAGGGCCUCGUCGACGAAAUCAAGCUCAUGGCGAGCUUUGACUGCCCGUAUAUUGUCAAGUGCCUCGGCGCGUGCUGGGACCAGCCGUCCGAUAUGAAGUGCGUGCUCGAGUUUAUGGGCGGCGGCGACCUCCGCGACUACCUCCAGCGCUACUCGCCCGCCGAGUACACGUGGCCGGCCAAGGUCGCGACCAUGUACUGCGUGGUCGAGGCGCUCAUGUACCUGCACUCGCUGCCCGUGAUCCAUCGGGACCUCAAGUCCCGCAAUGUGCUCUUGGACGACGUGAAAGGCGCCAAGCUCACCGACUUUGGCGUCUCCAAGGAAGACACACAGGCGACGAUGACGGUGGGCGUCGGUACGUACCGCUGGAUGGCGCCCGAGAUCCUCCAGUUCAACCACUACACGACGGCCGCCGACAUUUACUCGUUUGGGAUGCUCCUCUCCGAGUUUGAUACACACGACAUUCCAUACGCCAACAUGAAGAACGAAAAGAGUGGCAAGCCGCUCAUCGACACGGCCAUCAUGGGCAUGGUGAUUGCGGGCUCGGUCAAGCCCACCUUUAGCGACGAGAUGCCCGAGUGGCUCCGGACGCUCGCGCUCCAGUGCAUUGAGACCGAGCCGGAGAACCGCCCGACCGCCAUGUACCUCGCAGCCGUGCUCCGGAAGCGGCUCAAGACGAUGACAGAGUAGUUGGCAACUAAAAUCCUACUGCGUCGCGGAUUGCCCAGCGUUUGUUGAGAGUUGGGACACGUGCACAUUGAAAAAAUAGGGCGCUUGGGAUCGCGCUACUGUAU